GCCACAACAGGAACUCCCAUGUAUAUCAUUUUAGGAGCACUCAGUAAUGUAGCUUUGUGGGGGGUUUUGCUUUUAUUCCCCCCAAGGAUUCUGAGCCCAGUUGGCUGGCCGAGGAUGAAUGUUGCCCGGCUGUGGGACAUAUCAUUUUCCCACUGUCCCCACUCUGGGAGGUCACCUGGUUUGGCCUGGCCUAGCCCAAGCCUCUGGGCUCAUUCCUGAUCUGGAAGGCUACCCAGAUGACCUCUUCUGAAGCCAAGAAGAGGGUUUGGGGGUUGCCUCUGUGGGAGCCUCCUGGGCCCCCAUCAGAGUGGUCCUGGGAUUCUAGGGAGCUUAUGGUUUAAUAAACCCUGAAAGGGGGGAAGUGUCCCCCCACCCAGGGACAACUGUCUCUUUCCCAGGACACUAGAACCCCCCUUGUAAGAGCCCCCACUAAUGGGUCUCAGGGGAGGAUGGAAAAUGCCCCAUGAUCCAUAUGCCCUGAACAGGAAUACGAUAGACCCACCGAAGAGUGAGGACCCUCUUGUAGGUGACCCAAGUCUGAGUGGAGCCCUAGUUCCAACUCUAUCAGCCCUGAGAUCUUGGGCAAGUCACUUAACUGAGCCUGGGCUGUCCUGAGAUGAGGAGAUAAUGAAUGCAAAACCCAAGAGUUGGUGGUGACCCGGAGUUCACACACUGGAGUGGUAUGGCUUUAAUCCUGGGAGAGUCCAGAGGCUGCCCUUCGGGCCAAAGGAGCUUUUGAUCUGCAAUUCCCGCAGACCCAGGAUGGCUCUGGAAGGUUCCCCACCCUCACAGAGUACCCUCCCGGCUUCCGUCCAGGCCAGGGGGACUUCCAGCCGCUGGAGACUUGACUGGUCUCCCAGCUCAGGCGCAGCCGCCUGGCCCACGACCUUGGGAGAACCUGGGAGAAAGCUUCACCAAGCGACAGUACUUUUCCACUGCACUGCUCGGCCACCUCAGCUGGCUUUCUGCUGUGCAGACAGGAGGUAAAGCGAGCCAGGCUAGCCCCAUCAGGAACCCACCCAAACUCACUCUCAGAGAUGGGGGUGGGGACGUGCUUUGGGUGAGGGGCAGUAGGAAUCCUAGAAAGAGAGGAGGGGGAUACCGAACGCCCCAAGAGAUGCUCAGAGACCACCCUUGAGACCUGAGAAGUCUGCAUUGGCAAAGCCCCCCGGUACAUUUCAGGCUGUUCCUACUCGUUAACCUCCCGCUCCACCCCUUCCCCUCCGACAAUAACGAUUAAACCCGAUCCACCGCGCCUGUGCUGGGUCUCGGGUGAAAAGCAGUGCUAGCCUGCGCGGGGGAGGAGAGAGAGAAGGGCGAGAGGAGGGGACAAGAGAGCUAGCGGUCCCGCCCGGUGAUGUAGGCAGCCCGGGGAGGUGGAGCCGCGACGCCUGAAGGAGUUCCCACCGCAGUCGCGCUCUCGGUCUACCCCUCCGAGCAGCCAGCCGCCAGCCCCGGCUCUGGCGACCUCCCUGCCGCGGCGAUCUGGGCGGCGGGACCCUCGGGAUCCCCCCUAGUCGGGCCUGAGGGGCGCCUCCACCCCGCCCAGCCCCUGCCCCUCCUUGCUUCCCGGACGGCUGGAGCGACUCGCGGGGGAAGCUGUUCCCGGACGCUCGGCCGCCGCCAGGGCAUCUCGGCUGCCAGCCCGGCUGGGCACCGGGCAUCUGCGAAGCUAACUAGCCUUGUCUGGCACUGGGCAUCUCCGGGCACCGACUGUCUCCAGCGUCCCCUGCUUCCCGCAAGCCCGAGGCCGCUGGCUUCUGCGCUCCUUCCCCUCCCCCGGCCGCUGGGCAGCACGCCGGUGAGCUCCCGGCGCCCCCAGCCCCUCCGGCCACCGCCGCGAUGCUGCCCUGGAGACGUAACAAAUUCGUGCUGGUGGAGGACGAGGCCAAGUGCAAGGCAAAGAGCCUGAGCCCGGGGCUCGCCUACACGUCGCUGCUCUCCAGCUUCCUGCGCUCCUGCCCGGACCUGCUGCCCGACUGGCCGCUGGAACGACUGGGCCGCGUGUUCCGCAGCCGGCGCCAGAAAGUGGAGCUCAACAGGGAGGACCCGACCUACACCGUGUGGUACCUAGGCAACGCCGUCACCCUGCACGCUAAGGGCGACGGCUGCACCGACGACGCCGUGGGCAAGAUCUGGGCGCGCUGUGGGCCGGGCGGGGGCACCAAGAUGAAGCUGACGCUGGGGCCGCACGGCAUCCGCAUGCAGCCGUGCGAGCGCGGCGGCUCGGGGGGCUCCGGGAGCCGCAGGCCGGCGCACGCCUACCUGCUGCCGCGCAUCACCUACUGCACCGCGGACGGGCGCCACCCGCGCGUCUUCGCCUGGGUCUACCGCCACCAGGCGCGCCACAAGGCCGUGGUGCUGCGCUGCCACGCCGUGCUGCUGGCGCGGGCGCACAAGGCGCGCGCCCUGGCCCGCCUGCUCCGCCAGACCGCGCUGGCGGCCUUCAGCGACUUCAAGCGCCUGCAGCGCCAGAGCGACGCGCGCCACGUGCGCCAGCAGCACCUCCGCGCGGGGGGCGCCGCCGCCUCCGUACCCCGCGCCCCGCUGCGCCGACUGCUCAACGCCAAGUGCGCCUACCGGCCGCCGCCCGCCGAGCGCGGCCGCGGGGCGCCGCGCCUCAGCAGCAUCCAGGAGGAGGACGAGGACCAGGACGAGGAGGCGGAGGAGCGCGAGGAAGGAGCCUCCCAGUGCGAGAGGCCGGAGGUGCUCAGCUUGGCCCGGGAGCUGAGGACGUGCAGCCUUCGAGGCGCCCCGGCGCCCCCGCCGGCCUCGCAGCCCCGCCGCUGGAAGGCCGGCCCCCGGGACGGGCGGGCCAGGCGCGCUGAGAGCCCAGGGGACAGGACUCGCGGCCCCAGACCCGGCCAGCCUGACUUACAGCCUCCAACCCCGGCCCUGCCUGCUAUGGCUCCCCCUGGUCCCCGAGCCCUUGCCUCCCCCGUGGUCUCUGUCGUUGUCCGCCCCGUGCCUCGUCCUGGCUCAGGGUGACGCCUGAUAUGCCCUUGAGUACUGGGGGACGAGAUGGGGGGAGCAAGCAGUAUUUUGUGUACACCUCCGCCCCCACUCGAGUCUCCCGGCGCCCUUCCUUAUGGAAUUGCCCCCCUACGCUUUACACCAAGUCUCUUUGCGCAUAAACCACGCCUUCCUUCCCAAAACAUCUACUCCAGAGAAGGGAGGAGACGUUUCCAGAAAUCCAGAAGCCUGGCCUUGAAUCUUGGCCAGGUGGCAGCAGCAGUCCUGCCGUUGGCCAGGCUAGCUGUCCUUCCAGGGAUGAGACCAACCCUGGGGAGGCAUUCCUGUAGGGGGAAGAGUAGUACCCUGGAGAAUUGAGGCUGGGCCCAAAGUGGUUACCGAGUCAGCUGCCAUAUACACAAAGGAAGAAUUCUCAGGCCCUAUGCUGGCCUCUCUAUCCCUUGGAGGACUUCUGAGACUCCACUGCUCUGCCUCUGGAGAUGACUCUGGAUGGUCCUACCAACAGCAGGCUAGGCCAGGGAACAGCUCUCUGCCCCAGGCAGCUGCCCAAGCCUGUGCCCUGGCACCUGGCACUCCCACAGGACUCCUCACCCGCUCCAUCCUUCUGCAUACAGAUGUGUGUGCUUUCCUGCUAGGUGUCCCAUAACCAGGACCAAGACAGGGCCUCCAGCAGAGGUAAGGAGAACCUCUGGCAGGUGCUUGAGGACACUGACUACCCAGAAAAUGGACACAGGAGGGAAGCCUCCGUGUGGAGGCUUGUCAGUGCAGGAGAGUCCUGACAGCAGCGGGAUUCUCAUGGCAGGAGGAGGCAGAAGGGUGCGGUCACCGGACAGAGGGAGCAGGCUCCUGCCCACGUGUCUCAGCAAGGCUGCUAAAAGCCCAAAGAUCUUUGUGUCACCAAAUGAUCAUUGUAAAUAAAGUGUUCCUGCUUUUUCAGCCUGUCA